CUGAUGUGACUUUCCAAUAUUUUUGACCGACUCACUGGAGGAGACAGUAUAGAAAGCACUGGCAGAACUUGAUGGCACAACGGAGGUAUUAGUUGUUAAACUUGAUGCACAACGGAUGAGAAGCCAAAUACCGAGGUGGUGAAGGUGUGGGUGGGAGUAUGACUUGUUCGCCAGUGUGUGGAUGCCAUGGACAUCGGGCUCUCCUCUUUCAACAACAUCGUUUGAAGAAAGACUGAAUCACAGUAGCGUGUGAAGGUGCAUCAUAGUGUGCGAGUCUGGCGAAAACAAAAAUCUCGUGAACUGCUCAUUGAACUCAGACAUUUUCACAGUUACGAAGCGCUACUGGGACAGAAUCAGAAUGACAGAAAAGACGAAUUGUGCUAUUUCAGGCACUGUAGACCUCAGGCCACAGCAUGAAUGGUAUAAGCACCUGUCAGAAGUCUUUGACUUACCUGACAUCAAUCAAUGACCUGAUGUCUGGUCAGAGGCAGAUAUACUUACAUUGAGCUAGGUUUUAUCUGAGCAACAAAGUACUUAAUAUAUAUUGACUUUCAAAUUUCCUGGGCUCCGCAUCGUUUUCAUCAUUUCCACUACUUUGCCCUUGGCUCUGCCAGCCAAAUCUUCUAGUGCUUAAUCGAAAAACUGUUUUGUAGUCAUCGUGAAAGCUCAAUAUUUGUAUCCGUUUAUUAUUUUAGCUUCCUUGUCUUCAUAUAAUCAUUAAUCCGACUUGGCUUGAUGUCCUCCCGUAUAAAAAAAACAUAAUUUUUGAUUAGUUCAAAUUUACAACGAAUGCAAGUGGAUCCGAAGCUUGUUUCACACUGUUCAGUUGAUUGUGUAAGCUGGUGGGGGUGGUGGAUAACCUUUUUACCCUUGUUUGUGAUUUUAUCAGCUACAUCUACUAUUGGCAACGAGAAGAUCAAAGGGCAAAUAUACAACUUGUUUUCGUCUACCUAGACAUUCAAAGACACCAGACACCUGGGAAUUCCAACAAACACAAGACUGUACAGAUCUCUAAAUACAUGUAACAUUCCAAACAUUUUUGCCGAAGCUUUGUGCUUAUGUAACACUGGUCAACAGCUGUUUCGGUCAAAAUUCUAUCUAUUGAAAUCUACUGAUUUUUGUCCUUUUUCCUUUUUUGUUUUGUUGGUUUUGUUUUUUGUUUUUUGUUUUUUUGUUUUUGUUUUUUUUGCAUCCUGUCCUUCCUCUCCGUCAUAUAACUGCACAAAUCGUUAACGAUUAUAUAUCUAUCUAUCUUGAGAGCUGUCUCUUUUCAUUCGUGCAACAUUUUUCUGCACCGAUGAAUGGCAGCUAGGGCUAGUAUAGGUGUGAAAGGUAGUUGUCUGUAGUUGUUGAUAUUUCAUUUCACUUCUGGUAGCAGUGGACACCAAACGAAAUCCAACCGCAGAAACCACUUUUAUGAAAGAGUAUUUAAAUUAUAAUUUGCACAUUUCCGUUUUAACAGAUUUCAAUCGACAUACUACCUAAAAUGAUGCUUCAUUUUAACAGCUACAAGUAAAUCUUGUGUACACGUCUGUUCUAAAGGCUGUAGUCAGAGCGAAUUGCUGUUGAAAUGUAAAUGUCAUCUCUAGAGGCUGUCACCCUGUUUCGUCCAGAUAAGCUAGGCACGCCUGAUUGGCCAAAGAUUAACAAGCGUAGAGAGCGGUAUGGCUGACUUGUUCAGGAGCAUAAUGAAAGAGGAUUAGAUGUAAUGCUGUUUCACACCAACUGCUUCAAUCUUGUCACAAGCGAGUCUUUGUGCAAGUGGCGGGUGUGGGCCACUGGCAGUCCCCCAGUCUCUCAGCUCGGACACCAUGGUCACACUCCAGCUACGACCUUUCACCAAGCAACUCGGUCACAGACAAGUCGACAUCCUUCAGCAGAAAACUUUCCCAUACUUGACACACAGACAUAUUGCUCUCGAUUGAUUUCAGGGGAAUUUUCCCCGCGUUAGCUUCUACAACGAAGCCAAAGAAUAAAUUCACUUCCGGCAUAACUAUUAACAUCAAGAAGCGCAGACGAUACGAGCUCUCGUGUUGACGGAGGCACAAAAGCUCAAAGUUUACAGUCUGCUGUGUGUUCAAUGGGAAGUAGAGGUCUAUGACUUUACCCCCAAAAAAGAAAGAAAAAUUAAGUAAAAAAAAGUGUUGUAAGUCUGUCUCAGGGGUCUGCUUCUCGUGAUGUGCAUCUCACUCUCUGUACAGGCGUAGAUAGCUCUAUAGCAUCUAUAGCCACAGCUCUACCUGUUGUAAAUGUCAUUGGUGGCAUCAGAUUCCAGAUGAGUGACCACAACACCAUGGCGGACGCGAGAGCAUACCUGUCGUCACGUGACGGCCACAAAGUGCCAGGUGUUAAGGUAAUCGAAACUCACUGCACUGUGCUGUCGCCUGUGUAGCCAGCAGCUCUGUUCAGACUUCACGCGGGGUGUUCAGACACGUCAUCAGCAGACUGGAGGAUAGUGACAGUUAGCCUCGUUGACAGUGACACACAGCCUAGUGGACAGCGAUGAGCACACCUGGCGCCAUGUUUUGUACUGUUGAGAACAGUUGAACUGUUUCCACCAACAGCUAGAGCAGCAUCGGAGGUCAGGGAUUGUCUUGAAGGGCUGAGCUGAGGACAAGGUAAGGAUGCAGAGCGACAACAACACUACCGACGUUGAGCAGGAGAUGGAGGUGGAGAACGUCACCACGUGGGCGCUGAUGGCGGAGGACGACUGGCAGGUGCUGGUGCGCAGGUACGACAUCCGGCCGCUGUCCAGCGCUGGGUACAUGGGCUGCGCCAUCUAUCUCGUCAUCGUAGGUCUCGUAGCAACGACUGGCAACACUACCACGCUGGUGAUGUUCCUGCGCAACCGGAAGUUGCGCGUCAAGCCGCACAACAUCCUCAUCCUCAACCUCGCCAUCUCCGACAUCGGCAUUUCUGUCUUCGGCUACCCACUGACCACCUCCUCCUGCUUCGCGGAGCGCUAUCUGUGGGGGAUGGUCGGCUGCAAAAUCCAGGGCUUCACCACCUUCUUCCUGGCAAUGGCCGACAUGUACACACUCACCGCCAUCAGCGUCUACCGCUGGGUGGCCAUCUGCCGCCCACACUACAGUACACCACAGGCUCAACUUUUCCUUCACCGUCAAAGUGGUGGUGGGCGUGUGGGUGGCGGCCUUCAUCACCACGCGCCGCCACUGGUGGGAAUGAGCACCUACAUCUUCGAACCUUUCGGCACGUCCUGCACCAUCGACUGGGACGACCCCGCUCCCGUCAGCGUCUUCUACAUCUACGCUCUCGUCCUCGUCGCCUACAUCAUACCCGUGGUUGUCAUGGUCUACUGUUACUGGAAGGUGGUGGCGCGAUCGAAGAGUUUGUUGAAGAAGGUCAAGCAGUCCAAGUGCAAGACGCUGUCCCUGGGGGAGGCCGAGGAGGCCAACAGCACCAUGGCCGAGUGUAAAGUCACGUGGGAAAGACGAUGACGGACGGCAAGAAGAAGCAGGGGGAGAUGGCAGUGAUGGGGGAUGUGGUCAUCCUCCUGUGCAUUCUGCUAUCAGUUGGCUCCCAGCUGGUGGGGAUGCUGGUGCCGGGCUGGUGGGUCUACCCGGCCAACGACAGUGGCUCCAUCAACGCCAGCACCACGACCUACGGCUUGUGGGUGACGGUCAUUUGCGUGGAGGGCGACUGCAACGAGAUUCCGACAGACACAUCGGGAUCAAACGCCUGGUUGCAAGUAACUCAGGUGUUUGAGAGUGUGGCCGUUGGCUUCUGCCUGCUGGCGGCAGCCUGUCUCGUGGUGACCAACCUGAGAAGCGAGUUAGAACUCUCCCUUCUGCUUCGCCGCCUUUCUGUCUUCCUCCUCGCGGCUUCAGCAACUUCAGUCUUGAUUGGAAUGGCGGUGUUUCUGAAGAAGUCUUCAGGUCUCGCUCGCUACCCGCUGCGCAGCACCUUUGUCGGUCGUCUGGAGUGGCCCAUCGCGUUCUCCAUCGUGUCGGCCUGUCUGACGGUCUUCGUGGCCGUCAUCAUCGGCGACAAGCUUCGCCGGCAACACCAGGAGGACCUCACUGUCCGCCCAGUGCCGUAGUGGUGUCAACCUCGCAUGCAACACAUUCUCAAACAACGAUGGAAUCAUUCUGCCAUGGAUUGUUUGUGCUCGAGCAUCAACAGCCUCUUCAAGACAGAUGAUGACUAAAAGCGUGAGCUUGGCUGCGAGCUUUUGUGCCGAAAUCUCAAACUAUCUUGUACAGUCAAUGAUGACAAGUGUCACAAAUGUUGUCCGUUUAUAAUAGAUAAGAACUCCGUCUCUGAAGUGCAUUCACAGAGCUGAUGUACGAGAAGAGACUUGUGAAGUUGCCGACGAUUUUGUUUUUGGUUAUAUUUGCUUCUAAGGAAAUCAGUAAUUACUCUUUACCGUCGUUCAUUGCUGUAUCAUGUCCCAUAUCUAAUUCGUCAAAACAAUAACAAAUUAUCAUGUCAUUAAGUCGUUACUGUUGCUGUUACUGUUGCUGUUACUGUUGUUGUUACUGUUGUUGUUACUGUUGUGACAUUUCAUGUCACUAAUUCUGCCUGGACAUGGGUUUGGCAUGUUAAUCUGACUUUAACCAGGAUUCCUGCUCAUAGCACCGAUAUAACUCUUAUACUAUCGACCUGCUUUGUAUGUACUUCCGACUUAUUAGGAGCGUUUAGCAGAAUU